CCGUGAACCACGCCCCCUUCCCAGCUCAGUUCUCGCAGUUCGAGCGGAGCAGCUGGCGGAGCUGAACGGAUCACUAGGUCAGCCAUGUCAUCUCAGCCUCCUCCUCCAUCAGAGCCCCCCACCCACCAGUCCUCGGUCGGGCUGGACACCCAACGGGCCCGAGAUCGCUCACCGUCCCCUCUUCGGGGCAACGUGGUCCCAAGCCCGCUGCCCACUCGCCGGACAAGGACCUUCUCAGCGACGGUGCGGGCUUCGCAGGGCCCCAUCUACAAAGGAGUCUGCAAGUGCUUCUGUCGAUCCAAGGGUCAUGGCUUCAUUACCCCGGCUGACGGCGGCCCUGACAUCUUCCUGCACAUCUCUGAUGUGGAAGGGGAGUACGUCCCCGUGGAAGGCGACGAGGUCACCUAUAAGAUGUGCUCCAUCCCGCCCAAGAAUGAGAAGCUGCAGGCCGUGGAGGUGGUCAUCACCCACCUGGCGCCGGGCACCAAGCACGAAACCUGGUCUGGCCACGUCGUCAGCUCCUAGGAGAGGCCGGAAGCAUCCAUUCUUCCCGGCUUGGGGGAGACUCGGGGAGGAGGAGGCAGGACCAAACUGGAGAGGACAUUCUGUCGCUUGAGAUGGGGCUUCAAGGGGGGAGUGUGGUCCCUUUCAAGUGCUCCUGGAGGAAGGGGUGUGGGGGGUAGGCACUGGGUGCUCCUGGCCACCAGCACAGCCUCUGACCAUCGCCACCAACAUCUCACCGUCUGAAAAACAUUAAAAGCAUUGAAAAAGGAGAGGUGCCCCGCCGGUGGCUGAGGUGGCUGAGCGGAGGGUCCAGGCCCUGCCUAGGGGGCUGGGUCAGUCUCUGUUCCCCAGCCCACAGAGUCCCUCAUCCCCCUGGAACCGAAGGCACAAAAAUCCCCAGAUCUGGCCCCCUGGGGGGUGACAGGGACCCUGAUUGUUUCCCCGGAGGAAUUCCCAGCCAAGCGCCCAAGCCCCACCCUUGUGUCUCUGCUGGCCCUGCUGGGCAGAGCAGGCUUCUCGGAUUCUCAGCUGGUUGUUCCCAGGGGUGGGGAGGGCAGGGGGCUUUGGUGCCUCGGCAGGGGGAGGUGUCACAGCUGGGUGUCCGGGAGCCCUGAGCCCUCCACUUGGCAGGGAUGUGCUCAGGGCCGAAUCCUCACUCCCUUCGAAGCCCAGUGUUUCCUGUCUCCAGGUUGAGUGGUCCUGGCUCAGCAGCCCUUUCGCAUCCCUGGCACCGAGGAGGUGGGUUGGGAUGGGGAAGGGUGGGGGAUGGGCAUGCAGAGUGGGGAGGGUCUUUGUUUAUAAACAGACCUUUUUCUUUUUCUUUUCUUUUUUUUUUUGAGAGUUUAAGUUUUAUUUGGAGUGAAAUUAGGACUUAAGCCCAGGAGACAGCACUCAGCCCUGAGACACCCCUCCGAGGAGGUGAGGGGGAAAGCUAGGACAUAUGAGGUUUUGCAACCUACGAACAGACCUGUUGCCAGAUCCAUCCGGAGGACAGCGGGUCGUUUGCUUCCUAACAAGCCUGGUAAAGUCAAAAGCUGAAGGAGAAAGACACCUUUGGUGGGGUUUUCUGGAAAAGUGGUCUGAAGAACUGCUUAGGUGGUUGGGUUUUUUUUUUCUUCUUUUUUUGCAUAACUAAGCUCACCAGAGCCGGCUGUGUUUGCACUUUGCUGCUGACGUUGUGAACCUUCGUAGAGUUAUUUCCAGUGAACCAAUCCUUCGGAUUUUCUUUGCGUGGUUUGGUUUGCCUUUAGCUAUGAUUUAAGAAAUAGAAAUAGCUGGGAAAUGUGUGGCCGAGAGGUAGUCAGGAUGCAAGUUGGUGCAGGGAGGCCAGCCCAGGAGAGAGAGCGGUGGCCUCUCCUAAUGUCCUAAUUCUGGGUGCCGGGGGAUCGGCUUCAUCUGAAAGGCCUGGAAGGCUGGAGGUAUUUUGCCAAGGGCUGGAACUGCUGUGUUUUGAAGUAUAACUGACCCACAGCGCUGUGUUUCCCAGCGCACAACACAGUGGCUGGAUCUCUGUACAUCACAGAAGGGGCACUGGAGUUGUUUUAAAAUAGGCCAGGAAGCGUGUAGGUGACAAGUGUGCAGUGAAACAUCACAGUUAAGGAAGCCGAUCCUUUCCUUGGGGCCUGCGGUACCCUAGAAGGGUCCACCCCCAAGGUCCUGCUGGCUGGUGUGCCUUUCCCCUUCAGCCUUGGAUGUGGCUCCUGGAGUCCCCUGUGUAGGAUACAGACCACACUUCCAGAGCCACUUGUAUUUUUUUUUUUUUUGUCCUUUUUAGGGCUGCACCUGCGGCAUAUGGAGGUUCCCAGGCUAGGGGUCGAAUUGGAGCUAUAGCUGCUGGCCUGCACCACAGCAAUGCAGGAUCUUUAAGCCACCGAGUGAGGCCAGGGAUCGAACCCACAUCCUCAUGGAUACUAGUUGGUUGGUUACUGCUGAGCCACAAUGCGAACUCCUUCUAGAGCCACCUCUGCUGAGACUCACGCAGGCCCCCGGAGGUCAAGAGCCUGUGUCUUCACCCCUACCUCAGAACACCGCCCACCACUGGCAACUUCAUCGCUCUGUCCUCACCCUGGCACAAGGUCGGGGCUCCUGUGACCCCACCAGCCCGCCAUCACCAUUGGGGCUGGGAGCUGGAUUCACUCUUAAGAGGCUGCCUCUGGGCUUUCUCGCUGGGUGUCCGCCUUUGUAAAUGGCUCUUGCUCUGCGCUUCCUGUGUGACCCCUUCUUUCUCCGUCGUUAGAGCUGGAUUCCCCUCUCUGCACAGGCAGAGUCUCAAUUUACAGAAACUCAUGGGGGCCCUGGGAGGACGCAUGGUGUUGGCGACAGAGCUGGGAACAGAAUCGGGGAUUCCUGACUCCAGAUCAAGCCUCCCACCAGCGCCUUUCUCUCAAUAAAGGUGGUUUUGCCAUGA